GCCUAUACUUUAUUAAAGCUCCAUAAAUCUAUAAAUACUGUAUGAAGGAUAUGAUGGUAAUCUUGACAAUAAAAUAAAGGGGUAAGGAUUCUGCUGCGGCAGAGAAGAGAAGGGAAAAAAAAAUUCCCAACAAAUUCUGCGGCAAAAGAGAGGGGGGAGAGAGAGAGAGAACAAAGACGCAGUCGCGCACGAUCUCCAGACUAGAGAAGAACUGCCGGGCCACGAUCUCAACACAGAUCGAUGCACAAGACGACGUGGGAGAAAAUCGGUGUACAAAUGGAUGCAUCAGGACUCAUCCCUCUUCCAACUUACAGUUCAUACGAAAAUAAGAUACACAGAAAGAAAGAAGAGCAGAGCACAAUCAAACCCAGGAGGAGGAGAAAGAGAAAGAAACAAAUCGGGUGACGGUUUGCAGACUUGCUAAUUGCCAUUGGGUCAUUUCAGAUUUUGGGUUUUGUUUUGCUCAAGUAGAAGACGAAUCCACUAUUGCAGACUUGAUAAUUCCCAUUGGGUAAUUUUCAAAUUACGUUUUUCAGAUUCAAUUUGUUAUCUUCUCGGGUUUUCUAUAAUCCAAUCACGGGUUUGAUUUAUAAUAUCAAAGUAUGUUCUGCCAUCAAGGAUCAAACCCACCCAGGAGGAUAGGUUUGGUCCUGCCGAAUUGUCCUUAUUUGUGAUGUUAUGUUUUUUGAAAGUUUGUAGAUUCACUUGAGAUAUCAAAGAAGUUAUGGUUCCAGGUAAUCUAAUCCCUCUGUUCUUCUCGAUUGAACUCAUUUGGUUUCCCAAUUGCAUAGUUCUUUUUAUUUUUAAUUUAAUUCUCUUUUUUCAUGUCGAGGGGAUAAUGUAUGCAUAAUCUUUUUGUUCAUUAGAUUGUUUUUUGCAGAAAGAAUUUUUAUUCUUCUUCUUUGUUUACUUUGAUUGGGGUUAGUAAUUGAUGAUACUAUGACUGUGUGCGAUGAUUUUAGCAUUUUUUUCUGGGUCUUCUUUUUAUUUGUUCCUGAACAGGGUAGUCGUCUAAAAUCCUAUCCAGGAAGAAAACAAGGAAAGGGCAGUGGCUAUCUAAAGUUGGGAUUCCAUGGUGUAUCUGCUAAGAGCUUCCAGCAAAAUUGGUUAAGGAAAAUAAUCUCAGUGGUCAAGGAAAACAAUCACAUUAUUUGGGUUCGCAUUAUCAAGAUGUGAUGUUAUGUUUUUUGAAAGUUUAGAGGAACCUCACAGAUCAGCAUUAGCAAGUUUUUUGUACUUGGUUGAUGCAACGUGUGAGAUCUUGCUUAUGCUUCUCUCCAGUUGAUGGUGUCUCAUAAAACGAAAGUUAAUGACAAGUAAACACCAAAAGACUGGGCAACUCGACAGUUAAAUCAGGUCAUGUUGGGUUCACAUACCACUAUGUCUAACUCAGGUUCACAUACUAGACCGAGUCAGGUUCACAGAGACGAAUCAGGGGCAACCCAGACUGUGGAUGCUUCAAGAACAGGCACGACACAAAUGGAUCAUAGAGAGCGUGCGCGUGCUAGCCAUCAGGAAUGGAGACAAUCGAUGAGUUCUACACAACAUGAAGCCUAUUUGGCACGGCGGCGAGCUCAUGCUAGGGGAAAGCGACUAGCCGUGGAAAAUGUAAGUGACCAUGGACAAGAGGCGGGCCCAAGUAAUAGGAAUAGGCUAGCUCCAGUACACUCCGACAACGAGAGCAUAAGUUCAAGAGUUUCAUCCUAUUCCCAAAACCAUGACCAAGAUGCUACAAGGGUGCGCUUGACCCACAUAAGACAAUUAGCCCGUUCGACUACGUCUCGACCGAGCAAUGUGGUUAUUCAGAAUUCUGUGCCUUACGAGAUGCCUAAUGUCACAAUGAAUAAUCACGAUGAGGACCACAAUAACAACGAGCAUAUGGUGAAUAAUCAUGAGGAUCAGAACAACAACACUGAGCUAGAGAAUAACCCACAGGAUCAGCGCAGCAGCAGUGUUGACCCAGUGCGGCGUACAAGGAGAGCAGUAGUAAAUUCAAACUGCGCUAGAGAUUUUAAUGAGGGAUGGGGUGUCCCAUUUUGUCGAUUGCCUGCACUAAGAACAUGUCCAUACUGCAAUGCACGGUUAUUUCAUCGAGAGACCUUCAAUUUGUGUUGUUCGAAAGGAAAUAUUGUUCUGCCUCUAAUACCCUCUCCGCCAGAGAUGAUCCAGCUCUUUUCUGACCAAACAGAUGUGGGUAGAAAAUUCAGACAAAAUAUCCGAGCCUAUAAUAAUGUGUUUGCGUUCACUUCAAUGGGUGUGCAUGUUGAUGAAUCCAUUAAUCUUCGAGGUCGUGGAAUUUAUACUUUUCGUGCACAAGGUUCUAUAUAUCAUAAGAUUGGUGGGCUUUUACCAAGUGAAGGGGCGAGACCACGAUAUCUACAAGCUUACAUAUAUGACACCGAGCAUGAACUUGACAAUCGAUUGUCUGAAAGUGUAGUUUUAGACAGGGCACUGGUUGAAAAGAUACAACAGAUAUUGAAUCACUAUAAUCCAUUUGUCCAUCAAUUUCGAAGCCUCGGACAGCGCCAAGACUUGCCCAAUUGCAGGCUCAUCAUAAGAGAGCAGCCUUCUAAUCAACGUCAGUAUUGUUUACCAUCUGCAUCACAAGUUGCUGCUAUUAUAGUAGGAGGGGGCGACAUCAAUCCGAAUGGAAGAGAUUUAAUUGUCCAAACAAUUAGUGGAAGACUCUGGAAUGUUAAAGACUCGGUCGGAUAUUACGACCCCAUGCAGUAUCCUUUGUUAUUACCUUAUGGAACAUAUGGGUGGGAUAUUAAUAGUCAUGAUGAGAAUGGAAGACCUAUGUCAUGUUGCGACUAUUAUGCAUAUAUGUUACAGAUGCGCCUAGGUGAUGAAAAUCCUCUACUUCGAGGCGGACGGCUCUUACAACAGUAUGUUGUAGAUAAUUACGUGAAAAUUGAAUCCCAAAAACUCAGAUGGCUUCGCAGUAACCAAGAUACAAUUAGGAAAGAAUUUUAUCAAGGACUUCAAGACUCUUUUAUUGCAGGGGAAAACAAUGCAGGUAACGUCGGUCAUAGGACAAUUCUGCCAUCAUCAUUUGUUGGAAGUCCACGUGAUAUGUACCAACGGUACCAAGAUGCGAUGGCUUUGGUUCAAAAGUAUGGCAGACCAGAUUUGUUUAUCACUAUGACGUGUAACCCGAAUUGGGAAGAAAUUAAAAGUGAGCUACUCCCUGGACAAACAUCACAAGAUCGUCCAGAUUUAGAGGUCAGGGUAUUUCGUUCAAAACUUGAGCAGCUAAAAGAAGACAUCAUCACCAAAGGGGUAUUGGGAAGAGUUAUUGCUCAUGCUUUUGUCGUUGAAUUUCAGAAACGGGGCCUACCACAUGUACACAUGCUGGUCAUGUUGGAUGAAAAUGAUAAGCUUAAUAACCCUGAAGAUUAUGACCGCAUUGUUAGAGCAGAAAUACCAGAUAAAGAUGAAGAGCCACAACUUUAUGAUCUGGUGUUGAAACAUAUGAUUCACGGUCCAUGUGGAACCUUAAACCAACAGUCUUCAUGUAUGAAGAAUGGGAGAUGCAAUAAAAGUUAUCCAAAAUCAUUUGUAAAUUUCACUGUGCAAGGAAACGAUGCAUAUCCUAUAUAUCGAAGACGAGCAAGUCGCUUACCAGUCCCUCUACGUAGAUCUGGAGACACAAUGGUGGAUAAUAGUUGGGUUGUUCCUUAUAACCCGUGGUUGUUGCUACGGUAUGAUUGUCACAUCAAUGUUGAAAUAUGUGGGAGCAUAAAGAGUGUCAAAUACUUAUAUAAGUAUGUCUACAAAGGUCCUGAUAGAGUUGCAGUUCAAGUGCAAUCUGACCCAGAGUUCGAUGAAAUAAGACAAUUUGUCGAUGCAAGGUGGGUUUGUGCACCAGAGGCUUUAUGGAGGAUAUUUAAAUUUGUAAUGAACAGAAUAUAUCCAACAGUCGACAGAUUACAAAUACAUCUUCCAAACAUGCAACAAAUCAGAUUCGAUGCAAAUGAGACUGUAGAAGACAUUCUAGCAGAUGAGCAUGCACAGAAGUCUAUGCUUACUGAAUAUUUCACCAUGAACCGUAUGGAUCCGGAAGCAAGACGAUAUCUGUAUCGAGAAUUCCCUCAAUACUAUAGGUGGGAUAGUAAGCAAAAAGCUUGGGUGAAAAGAAGGAACAACUACAAGGUAAUUGGAAGAAUAUACAGUGUUUCACCCUCUGAAGGUGAGAAAUUUUACCUACGUGUCCUUCUCAAUCAUAUAAGAGGACCGAGAUCAUUUCGUGAUUUGCUUACUAUUAAUGGAGUUCUGCAAACUACUUUUAAGGAAGCGGCAGAGAAACGAGGUUUGCUGGAAGAUGACAAUAACAUCCGACAAUGUCUGUUAGAGGCCUCUGCAAUUAGAAUGCCAUCAGCUUUGAGAAGAUUAUUCGUCACAAUUUUGGUGUAUAGUCAACCAACUGGUGUUCGAAGAUUGUGGGAUGAAUUUUAUCCUUUCAUGAUUGAAGAUUAUUCUUCUUCAAGUGAUAUUGUCGAUAUUUCUGUCAGAAACAGGCUACUUCGAGAUCUAAAUAGAAUGCUAGAACAAUUUAAUAAGGGCACUGGAGAAUUUGAUCUGCCUGAAAUGACAAGUGAGCCAGAAGAUAGUCUAGGAAUACCGAGAUGUAUUGAAGACGAAAUUUCUAUAAAUAUCCCGCAAGAAGAUAUUGAUGCAAUUGACCACCUUAACAACGACCAAAUGAUUGCAUUCAACACCAUAAUGGCCGCAGUUGAGGGAGGAGAAAGUGCAUUAUUUUUUAUCGAUGGUCCUGGAGGUACUGGGAAGACGUACUUAUAUCGUGCAUUGCUAGCAAAGUUGAGAAGAAUGAAUCAUAUAGUCUUAGCCACAGCAUCAUCUGGAAUUGCUGCAAAUUUAUUGUCCGGCGGGAGGACAGCUCACUCUAGAUUCAAGAUUCCACUCAAUGUAGAUGCAUCAUCCGUGUGUUCCAUAAGUAAACAGUCUGCUCUAGCACGACUGAUACAAGAUUCCACUGCAAUUAUUUGGGAUGAGGCACCUAUGACACAUCGACAUGUGUUUGAAGCACUUGAUAGAACAUUUCGAGACAUAAUGGAUGUCGAAUUACCGUUUGGUGGAAAGAUAAUGAUUUUUGGGGGAGAUUUUCGUCAAGUUCUCCCUGUUAUUCCUAAAGGAACGAAGUCUGAACUCAUUCAAGCCUCCAUUGUGAAAGCAACAUUUUGGGCACAAACAAAGAUAUUGAGAUUGAGACAGAAUAUGAGAUCCAUAAAUGACCACCAAUUUGCAGAAUUUCUACUUCGUGUUGGCGAUGGAAGUGAACAAGUCAUUGACGACGAAAUGAUGAGAUUACCAGAACGCAUGGUGGUUCCAUGGGAAAGUGACCAAUCUAUCAAUCAAAUUAUUGAUGAAGUUUUCCCCAAUUUGGGUGAUCAUGUAAAUGAUGCAAGAUACAUGGUGGACAGAGCAUUGAUUACUCCUAUAAACGAUGAUGUGGACGUGUUGAAUGAAAAGAUAAUCAAUAUGUUUCCGGGUGAAGAAAUUACAUUGUACUCAUUUGACUCUGUUGAAGAUGACAUGAGAAAUUUGUACCAACCAGAGUUUCUGAACUCAAUAACUGCAGGUGGGCUGCCACCCCACAAGUUAACUUUGAAAGUAGGUGCUCCAAUCAUGCUUUUAAGGAAUAUUGACCCUAAAUUGGGAUUGUGUAACGGUACUAGAUUGUUGUGUCGUGGUUCGUACCAAAAUCUGAUUGAUGCUGAGAUACUAACAGGACAGUUUGCUGGGACUAGAGUUUUUCUACCUAGAAUUCCUUUGAAAAGUGCAGAAAAUGCUGGGCUACCAUUUCAACUAACAAGAAAGCAAUUUCCAGUCAAACUGAGCUUCUCUUUGACCAUAAACAAAUCUCAAGGUCAGACUAUCCCACAUGUAGGUGUUUACCUCCCAGAUCAUGUUUUUAGUCAUGGACAAUUAUAUGUUGCAUUGUCGAGAGGAGUAUCAGAGUCAACCACAAAAGUUUUGGUUAAAAAAGGAUCCAUAGUUGGUGAAGAUGGCGUAUUUACGAAGAAUGUAGUAUUUAAAGAAGUUUUGCUUCAUUCAAACACAAAUGAUCGAUCGUCUUCAUAGGAAUGGUUGAGACAGAAGCUUUAGGAGAUGUGUUUCCAUAUUUUCAUGUGGUUGGUGCACGAAAACAAUCAAUAAAAAUGAACACUUCUUAUCUCAGUAAACUUAUUUUCAAAGAGUGGAACAAAAAGAAGCAUACAGAGUAUGUUCUCUUAAGCUUUGUUUCUUUUCCAUUAAAUAUAUUUUUAUUUUUGUGGUAGUUAAUCAAUUCCAAUACUCUUAAUCUA